AUGCCGCCUCCCAACCGGACACCUCCGCCGCACUUGGGGCAACAGCAGCAGCAGCAUCAACCACCGCAUCACCAGCAUAGUCACAGCUCUGGGAGUUAUGGACCACCACCACCGAGGCCGCCCGCUGGUGUAGCGCCGCCGCCGCCUCACGGCUCCUUUGGCUCGGGUAGGGAUUUGCCCGCGUUCAACGCACUUACGCGAUCCUCACCAGGUGCAGGCAGCUCCAUGUCGAUUUCGUCGAUGCUGGGCGGUCCGCCCCCGGCCUCGCGCGAGUCGCAGCCUCCUCCGCCACACUACUCGCCGCACUCUGCUCCCCCGACCGCAUCGGCCUCUCAAUACGGCCCUUCUGUUCAUGCCUCGCCUCGCAUGCACUCAGCCUCUUCCGAUUAUAACCCCUUUCGACGUCCGCAGACGCCAGACCACCAGCGAAACUACGAUCCACGCGGUAGCGCCGCACCAUCGCCUCGAGGCCAUUACGCGACCACACCCGAUGUCCAAAGAUACAGCACGCCGCAAUCUUAUCAUGCCAGGCACCCAUCAGCCCCUGCAGAAACUGGGCGCGACCCGGGCAGGGUCUCGACUGGUCCUACCAACACGCCUGGCAACCAGCCAAAGCCCUUUAGCAACCUUCCGAGACCGAUCGAUUUGGCCCGCGCGCCGCAAGACGACCGCUACGUACGCCUCGAUGAACGACAUGGCGCAGAUUACCUAGACCGUGCCACGCAGCGACAUUAUCCUUUUGAUGACCGAUAUCGCUUGGAGCGAGACAGACAGCCCGGCCCCGACCAACGAGAGCGGGAGGCCAGAGAGCAUGCAUAUGCUGGUGGAGAACCGCGCCACGGCCCGCCAGAGCUCAACCCCCGAAAUCAGUCAUCCUAUCCUAGGCAUCCAGAGCCAACCGAUCGACGCGAACCGCCCCGAGACCAACACUGGGCUCAUCAAGGCCCCGAACACAAUUAUCGCGCCCCCAUGGACCAUCAGCGUGCCCAUCCCGAAUACCCUCCCGCAUCUGGGCCUCACCAACCUCAUGGCUCUGCUUACCAAACAGCGCCGCCGCCGCAGCAUCAAGACCGCUACGCACCCACCUCGCAUCCUCAUCCCCAUUCUCAAGCCUCCGCAGCUGCCUCUACACAGCCCUACGACUCACCCGAACGAGUUCCUCUCGACCGCCAGCCUCCUGCCGGUCGCGCUCGUGAGGACCAGCACCAGCAAAUUCCUCCUGGGUAUCACAACGCGGCGCAUGGCCCCGCACCGUACGACGCCGCACGGCAGAGAAACGGAGAUGACCAGAGCAGUCAAAUCCAUCAGCGCAACCUUUUGGGCGUACAGGACAUGAACCGCAAGGGACGCAUGUCACCCCUCCCGCAGGCUGUGCAAGGCGCCCAACCCCAGCAGCCAGGACCCGCUGGUGAGCCAGGCAUCAAGAGCGAAUUUGGACGCAUGUUUGCUGGCAUCGGUAGUGGAGUGGGCAACAUGGGAGCCUCCAAUCCUGUUACAUCUGCGCCCAGUGGGCAGGCAGGUCCGGGGGCCUUGGGCAAGGACGAAGACCAUGCUGCAGACGGUACCAAGAAACCAAGACGAAGGAAGCUGAAGGAUGACAUUGAUAGACCCGACGAUGAGAGCACCGGAAGACGGACUCCAGUUGGUCGCGGCGCUAAGCGCGUCAAAGGCCAUCACCAUCAUCAGUACGUUUCUCGUGGCAUCAUGUUUGCAAUCUUCACUAACGCCCACUCUAGUCAUCACCAUCACCAUCACGCUCCCGAUUCAGUUUCUUCACCAUUGGUCGGGAUAACGCCACUGAAAAACGGCAAAUCCAACACACCUUUGGACAAUGGAGGAGACAAGACCACGGCCGCAACACAUCACCACCACCACCACCAUCACCACCACACCGGUCGAUCUGCGCAGAGUUCCACCCCUCAACCCAAGCCCGCCGAAAUACAAGCUCCCGUUAUGCUGCCAAAGACAAAGACAACCGUGUCGUCCAAGGCUGUGCUGGAUUCAAUAGCACACAAAACUCGACAUCAUCUGGGCGACUUUGUCUACGAAACGGAAAUUAAGGCCGGAAGACUUGUACCCAGAGCGUCCACAAACCGGGGCUUUGCUUCCCAGCCCAAGCCGUUACCGCUCGACCGCAUCAAGGGCAAAGAGAAUAGCAUCUUGACCAUCAAGGUUCCCCGCGUGCAUCUCACGCCUGUUGCAAGAGAGGAGAUUACCGCCAGAGCAUUUGUGUGGGGGACCGACGUCUAUACCGAUGACUCUGAUGCCGUCGCGGCCUGCAUUCAUUCCGGGUGGAUCAUGGGAGAAUGGACCGAAGACGUCGAUACUUCCUUGUUUAGUUUGGACAAGGCUGACGGCGUCAAGGAGACUAAGAAGCCCAAAGUACCCGUCGAGCUAACGUCCGAAGGCGUCAUCUCGGCGCCCCCCAAAUCCGGCCCGAUGCCGAUUCCUGCAAACCGUGACUUGCACAUUAAUGUGCUCAUCGUGCCGCGUCUGGUCAAGUACGCCGGGUGCACGAGAUUCGGCCUCACCAGCCGCGAGUUUGGCGGCGAAUAUGGCAGCCGCCAUGCCGUACAUGACGGCGUCAGCUACAUGAUCCAGAGUGUCCGGUGGGUGGCGAAUGGCGGGCAGCCGCAAGCGCGACUGCGCGGCCAGGCACGACGAGACCGCAUGCGCAAGGCCAUGAUUGAGGUCAAUGCCAGCCUUGGCAACAUUAGCAGCCAGGAACGAGCGCUGGAAAGGGAACGCCUCGGCAAAUUACGCAGUGAGAUUUCGGGCAGCUGGUGGAAGCAGGCCGAAGCGGAGGAGGGCGGUGACGGCGAAAAUACGAGCGCUGCCGUUGCUCAAGAUCCGCCAACUGGGGCAGAAGCUGAUAAGGAGAAUCAAGCAACAGCUGUCAAUGGCAAGGCGGCUGCUGGUGCCGUGGUUGUAGAGCUCACGACAUCGUCUGGCGACAAGGAUGUGGACAUGGGCGAGGGCGAGGCGAGCAAGCCCAAGGACGCGGAUGAAAAGGGCCAGGUGGCGGCAUAG